UGUGCUGAGCGCGUGCUGGGGGCUAUAAAAGCUGCUGAAGUUUAGGCUGCAGUUCAGAACUUAUGGAACUGUAUGGCUCUGGUCUCCGGUGAGGAACUCUGGACUGGAGGUUGGGUCGGGUCGUGGUUGAGGUGCUGGAAGGGGCGCGUGCGCGGUUGUUUGUUUGGCUGUUUGUGGUGUAAAUAAGUGAGAGAUGCCUGAGGAGGACUCGUGCUCUCCGGGAUCUCCGCGCGACAGCCUGAGCUUCAGUGACGGGGAGCCGCCGCACCCGCAGCAGCGCGAGCGCCCGGUGCGCAGGAAGCGCAGCGCGCGCAAGAGGCGCUGGAGCCGCGCGAGCGCCGAGGAGCCCGAGUUGAGCCCGGGCGCGCGGGGGAAGAGGGCGAGUCCGUUGUGUUCAGGUGGAGAAAGCCCCCCGCCGCUCGAGGAGCUGCACACACAGCGCGUGAUGGCCAACGUGCGCGAGCGGCAGCGCACGCAGUCCCUAAACGAGGCGUUCGCGGCGCUGCGGAAAAUCAUCCCAACCCUCCCGUCCGACAAACUCAGCAAGAUCCAGACCCUCAAACUCGCCUCGCGGUACAUUCACUUCCUCUGCCACGUGCUGCAGAGCGAUACGCCGGACGCCAAGGGCGCGAGCUGCAGCUACGUGGCGCACGAGCGCCUCAGCUACGCCUUCUCCGUGUGGAGGAUGGAGGGCGCGUGGUCCAUGUCCGCCUCGCACUGACCUGCAACAGAUGACACUGUCUUUGCGUGGCGAGGCAAACCUGGAUCAAACGUGAGGCAAAAAGACACCAAAUCCAAUGCUGGAUACGUUAAUUCCUGCAUCAUCCUGGGGGAAUUUUACCUGGAUUCUUCUUCAUCUGGAGAAAGGCCAUGGACCAUGAGCUCUCCGCCUGCCCCGCCCACAGUGCUGGCAGUGUUUUAGGGUCUCUGGGACAGUUUAAGGGUCCUUGGUUGUGUAUAGGGAUGAACUAGACAUUGGGACUGUUGGAUUGUUGUGUAAGGGGGCCCCUGGAAGUGUGUGUGUAAGGGCCCCUGGGAGAGAGUGUGAGGGACUGUAGAAGAGUGAAAGGAUACUUGGUUGUGUACUGGGAUGAACUGGACAUUUCGACUGAUGGAUGGUUGUGUAAAAGCCCCUGGGAGAGAUUGUAAGGGCCCGUGGUGGUGAACAGAGAUACAUACAGACUGGACAUUGGGACCACUGAGAGAACUGUUGGUCUCCUCCAGCUGUUGAGUGUACCUGUACAGGUAUAAAUAAACCGCUCACAGUGACCAUCAUAAUGCAACCAGGCAGCUUUAAAAUCAGCAUAGUGCUAGCUUAGCAUACUGCUUACAAUGGCUAAUACAAGCAAUCUUCUAGUAAUAACACUAUGAACAUUAAUGAAUGAGUUAAACGUCUGGGAUUAUAGGCUGACCAGCUAAUAUGGGAAUAUUUUCACAGUUUCUAGCUAAUUUAUGCUGUGUUCAAUUUACCUGCAACUAGGGAAUUUGAACUGGAACGCUCCUACAGGUUGUUUUUUUAUGCUAGAAAGGUCUGUAGAGGUUUGCAAACAGGGAUGCCAACAACAGUAGGUAAUGUCAGUCCUAGCUCAGACAUCUAAGGUAUUAGAUAGCAAUAGCUAGGUUUAUUAUACCCAUAAUUUGGUUAUUUAGGUAUCAUUUUGGAUCAUAAUUGGGAGAUUGUGUUAAUCAGACAAGAUACUUAAAUAGAGUGCAGUAAUGUGAUGUGCUGAUUUGCAGAGCAUUAUUUUGUGGAUACUUAUUUUGUGUUCAAGUGGUGACAGAAACUGAGAAAUACCAUUUGUACCACUUGUAAAUUGCUCAUAAAUAACCAAAGAAGAGGGAAACUCAGGUAAAUGCGACAUACAGUAUACUGUAACUUUUUGUCUAUUCCAUAAUUCAGUUUUUAAUAAUUUAUUUCGAUUUCAAUCAAUUUUUAUUUUUUUGGGAAUAUAUUUUUAUUGUUUUUUCCUUUUUUCCAAAGAAACAGGUACAUACAGGCACACAACUACAACACUAUAAACAACACAACACAGAACACACCCCUCCAUCAAGAGUAAAAAAAAUAAAAAAUAAAAAUAAAUAAAAUAUCCGUAGAAUAUUUAUAGCAGACAUCCACAUAUCUCCACAUACAAAUUAACACACAAGCACUCAAGCACCAUUACAUAAUACUAUGUAACAAAUACCCAUUCAUCAGUUUAUUUCAGGAAAGCUUAUCUUGAUUUCAAUCCAUUUUUAUAACAUUGUAACACUGUGAUUGAUAUUUCACAGUGUUUUUUUGACAACUUAACUAUGUCAUUGUUUGGGUAUAUCCUACAGAUCCCCAUACUUAGUGGGCAGAUCUUCUGACAAACAUCUGAAUGAAGUGAACUUAUAUUUAAUGCUUAAAUGUCUGAUAAAUGCAGCCUUCUAAUGGGCACUUAAAUUAGUAUAGUAGCAUUUGUCAGCCAAAAAAGCUUUAAUUCAGGUAAUUCAUCCAUAUACAGUACCAGUCAAAAUGUAUACUAAAAUCAUCCAAACUAUAAAGUGCAGUCACAAAGACCAUUAAAACUUUAUGAUGAAACUGGCUCUCAUUAGGACAGACCAGGAAAGGAAGAGCAAGAGUUGCCUCUGUUGCAACAGCACCACAGAUACGAGACCUAAAUGCUUCAUUUUGGUUUGUUUGACACUUUUAAGUUACUACAUGAUUUCUUAUGUGCUCCUUCAUAGUCUGGAUCACUUCAGUAUUUACUGACUCUUGUACAAUAUGACUGGUAUUGGGUACCACCAUAAUAACCACUAAAAUAAAUAAAAUAAAAUAAACAACUAAUAUAAAUACCACUAAAAUAAGACUACCUUUAUAAUGGGUUUAUAAAUGGUUUACAAUUAGUUUAUUAAUGAUUACUAAUUAGGUUGUAAAUGCCCUAAACAUCAUUGAUAAUCAGUAAAAAGAGCAACAAUAUAAAUGACUGUGGGUUCACUAUUUGGCAAGCAACAGGUCUUUGUUGCCCUUUUUUACGUAUGUGUUAUAACUGAUUAUUAAUGAUUUUUAAGGCAUUUACAACCUAAUAAAUAACCAUUAAUAAACUAAUUGUAAACCAUUUAUAAACCCUUUGUAAAAAAAAAGUGGUACCCUGGUAUUGUAGCUAAUUAUUAGUUAUCUCUGAGUGAAGUACUUUACUGGUGGGCUAGUGUUAUAGUAAGCUAAUUAGUCAGCUAUAAAGCUUCAGGUUAGCUACAUACGUCACUUAACGAGUCUGCUAACUUAGCUAAUAAUCAGUUAGCUAAAUAUUCUUGAUGUUAGCGUGAUAAUGGGCAUCUUUUGGAUACUUGUGUAGUUUCCAUUCGAGCUCAGAUGUCAGAAUUUCCUAGUUCUAAGAUGGCUGCUCUGCACAACAACAGUAGUAAAACAGUAAUACUAUACAGUUUAUUAUCACUUCUGUAUAUCUAUUAUUGUCUUAUUAACUCAGUCCUGUGCACAGUUCAGCCGUUAUCAACUGAUAUUGCUGGAAAUGCUAACCUGGGACAAUGCUAACAAUGCUAACUGAUACCUGAAUAGCUGGAACGCAGUCAACUUGUGGUGUGAUGUCACUCCCAGCUCUGAUAUCCAUCAUCUGAGGUAAAUGGAGCACAGCAUAAAUGACUUAGCUAGUUAGCUUAGUUGGCUAAGCUAACUCUGUUAGCUUUGGUGAUGUUCAAUAAAUGUUUGUUUAUCAUCUAGCUGAACUAACUGAUCUGUAAAGCUGCCUGCUAGCGAGCUUAUUGGUCACUUUAUCCCAGUAUAAACGAGGUGUGGGACCGGAGAGUGUAGACUGAAUGGACGGAUGAAAUCUGGGACCAGUUUGUGAUCUGAUCCCAGUUCAUCUCUUUGGUGUGUGUUUGCUUGAUUGAAUGGACUGGCCUGUUCCUCCAGGUUCUGGAUGAAGAUUUGAAUGGUACUGAAGUUGAACCUGUGUGAUUUCAGAUGAUUAUUUAUUUUUAAUGAUGAGAGCUGAAGAGUUCCUGUGCUGAAGUACAUCGCUAUUUUUGUAAAUAAAUGUGUAAUUCUUUAAUAAAGUUGACUUUUUA